AUGAAUGGAUUAACCUUAAGAAUAAGUGGAAGCAACUCAAAAAAAAUUAAGGGCUCUUUGUCAUUUAAUCCAGUCAUUAUAUCUGAUAAUUUAAUAGCAAAAACAGAUGCUGAGAAUUUACUACAUAAAAACUUUCAUGCAAUUAAUAAUGUUGAUGAACAACUUACAAUCUUAAAAGAAUAUUUGAAUGAAUGUGAUGAACUCCCUCAAAGUCUCCUUGUUAAAGCAUUCUUAAAUGCAGAGGUCAAACAUCCUGUUAAAUGCUUCAUAGCGAGAUAUAUAACAAAAAAUAGCCACCUACAAGAGCCGUUUGCAAAAGUUCUAUCAAAAGAAAUAUUAUCACAUGUCUUGGGUAAUAAUAAUGAUGACAAAGGUUAUUUGGACUUUGUGCCUAAAAUAGCAAGUUGUAUUGAGAACUUUCCAGCAGGCGCCAUGGCUGUUAAAGAAAUAGACCUAAAGCUUUCGGAGUAUUUGACAAAAUGUUUGCAAAAUUGUAUUGACACAUUAAGAAGCUUGAAAUCAUUAUCGCCAACAGGGAAAAAUGAGAUAUAUGAUUUGGCCCAUUUAAGCUUACGACUUUUACUGCAUAUUGUUCAAAAAGUACAUUGUGAAAAUGUUGCCAGUAUGAUGCCUUUGUUUAAUACAAUUAAGCACAAUGUUAAGGCGCUAUUGUUUGAAGAGGAUGUACCUAUGGACACAAAAUCAGUAUCUGGGAUCCUUUUGGUAUCAAUGCACAUCAUAGAAAACGGUUCCAAUUCUUGGAUUGAGAUACUAAAGUCUAAUAAAGAAAAUCGGGGUUUCGGUGAUUUAAUAGAAAAUGACUCUGCCAAACUAAGCCUCUACUCUGCUUUAGUCACCGUUGUGGCGGCAGAGGAACUAUUUUCAGAAAAUGUGAACAAUGAUUCUGCACUUAUCGUGUUGACUAAUAAUAUAAUUGAUAUAGGGGAAAGUACCAUCACCAGCUCGACCUUCACUCUAGGCGUGACUCGCACUCUGGUCCAGACCAGCAGGGCGCUUCCGAAGGCUCCCGAUAGCAUUUUGGGCGGGAAGCUGGUCGACCGCCUCCUGACCUUCGUGUGGUCCCAUUUGGAGCACCAUAUGGACAGCGUUCGCCAUCUGACAGCUCAGAUCUUGGCGAAUAUAGUGAAGUACUGCACAGCGCUGAAGAAGGGAGGUGACGACAAAGCCCUGGACGGUCUGUUCACGGCCCUGAGCCGCCUGGACCAGUGCCGUAAGAGUUACUACGUGAGUCUGACGUCACUCACGCUGGAGCUGGGCGCUCGCUGCAUCCUCCAGCGGUUCCCUGACGUCGUCCGUGACGUCAUCGCGGCGCUAGACAUACAGGCAGUGCAAGCAAGCGCCACAACAACUCUGGAGACCCUGCUGCAGAAGCACUCGAAGGAGUCCACGAGCGAGAUCACCUACGACGUCUGGGUGAAACCGAUCCUGGAGCGUGUCACCACGCAGACCCUGGACUCGGCGGUGCUGAACAUCCUGGAAGGUCUAUUACUUCGCGCUGUAAAGUUGGACGAGGAUCUCAUGAGUUUUCUUUUGCCGUACAUCAAGGAGUUGCCAAGCGCCGAUCUGAAAUGCGUCCUGAUGCUGCUGAGCGUCGCUCGGAAGUCCGAAUCGGGGGCCAGGGCGGGGCGGAGUGAGGACCAGUGGAGGGGGCUGGUGCCGUACGAGGUCCUGGAGAUGGCAGCGUCUGAUGCGGCCGAUGAGGUCCGCAGCCUGUCGCUCUCCCUGGUGGUGGAAUCGCGCCGCACCACCGAGGCGUUCUCCCCACGAGAACUGGGGCUGGUGCGUCGCCACCUGGCCCUCAGCGCCAACGCGCAGCAGCCAGACGCCCGGCAGCAGACCCUCGCUCUCAUCAAGAAGUUCGUGAGGCGUUUGGAAGACAGCUACAAGGUGCUGCGCAGACAGAAGCUGGAGAGCGGGUAUUACCUGGCCUUCGUGGACGACCUUCGCGGGAUGUGCUACGGGUUCCUGAUUCCCGGAGUCAACUACGGCCGGCGCCACGUGUCCCUGCAAGUGCUCGUUUGGUGCGAAAACGCCACUUUCGAGGGAUACCGACGGACUUGGAAACCGGAGUACGUUUUGCGGCUGAUGAUGCAUCUCGAAGACAGCUACGAGUCCAACAAGUCCUUCGCGUUGGAGAUCCUGAACUUGUGCCCAGUCGAACUGAUCGAGAGCCAAAAGUGCAGCGUUGGCCUUGAACUUGGUGAGAUUUUCCGUUUGGCCUCUUCGCUCAAGCCGACCGACUGCGUUUCGGCCGCUUACAAGAUGAAGCUGAUGAGGAACAGGCUCCCCGAAGAUAUCCUCCAAGGGAGGAGCAUCGAUUCGCCAGAGGGCGUGAGCUUCGCCCUUUUGAGCGACUUGAUGGCGUUGGUGCGCGAACAGCUGUCGGUUUGCCGCCGCAGCGUGGUGCUCGGCGCGCGCGGCGCUUCCAUGUACGGCGCGCUACAUUGCGCGCUGCCACGUGCUGGACACGCUCGACGCCCGGACGCGCGCUGGUCGACCCUCGUGGAGGAGGUGGUCGGCACCUGCGCGGAGGUGAACGCGGCCGUGGCCUGCGUGGUGAACAACUCCUCGCCGGAGGGCCACCUGCCCAUGGACUCGACGGGCGUGCUGAUCUACGACCACGGCAACUCUGCGAACGUGACCCUGGAGGACGGUAGACCGGUCACGGCGCAGAUGGUGCUGCUCUGCGCGUGGAGGUCCGUCAAGGAGGUGUCCCUCGUGCUCGGCUCGAUAUCCUCUCGGCUGAGCAUCCGAGGCGAGGGGCAGGAGCACGGCACCCUGAGCGUGCGCCAGAUGGUGCUGAUGGGGGAGCAUUUCACCAGACUCCUGGCGGAGACCAAGCAUAGGGGCGCCUUCGAACAGGCCUACGUCGGGUUCACCAAGCUGCUGUCAAGGCUGUGGCGCUGCCGGAGGGCUGAGCUGCACGGGCUGCCACUAGUCUGGCUGCGGGCGCUGCUCAGGCAGGUGGGGGGCGGGGCAGGGGCCGGGGGGGGGGGGGAGGGCGCGGUGACGUCACGCCUCUGCCCCACGCGCCGCAGCGCCGGCCUGCCCUUCAUGAUACAGGCGCUGGUGGCGACGGAGCUGCAGGUGAGCGAGCAGCCGCGCUGCCUGCAGGAGUGCGUGGCCACGCUGCUGCGGCUCUGCAGCGAGGGGGCGCCCCCCGCCAGGGUGCACUGCAGCAACGUGCUGCGCGCCCUGGUGCGCUGCGCUCCCCUGCAGCAGCACGUCGCUCCCUACAUAGGGGACGCCCUGGUGCUCGCCCUCAAGGGCUUCGACGGCACCACCUGGGAGGAGCGCAACGCGUCCACUCUCCUGCUGAGCGCAUUGACCGCCCGCGCGGUCGGGGGCAGCCGGGUGGGGGGCAACCGGGCGGGGGGCGUCCGGGGCGGGGGCGGCGGGGAGGGCAGCGCGCGCGGACGGAUCACGGGCCGCCUCUUCUUCCUGCGCUACCCGCGCCUAUACGACUUCAUGCUGGAAAAGCUCAACGAAGCCAGCCAGAGUGGGGAGGCGAGGAUGAAACCGUCCCUGUACCCGAUCCUCCUGCUGCUCGGCAGGCUCUAUCCGUCCGCUCUUGAAGGGACCGUCUCCAACUUGAAGCUGAGCGGCUUGGCAAGACCUGUGGCCGCGUGUGACAACGCCCCCCUUUCUUUAACGUGGCUGAGCGGCUUGGCAAAGCCGGUGGCCGCGUGCGCCAACGCCCCCUCGCUGUACACGCGCCGUCUGGCAGCCCGCGCUCUGGCACCGCUCGUCUCGCCGCACGCUUAUAUUCCGCAUAUAGAAGAAUCCCUGAAAUUGAUAGCGGACAACAGGAUUAGGAGGAAUUUCUGUCACGGUCUACUUCUGCAGGUGACAACAUUACUGGAGAACAAACCGGACAACCUGGUAUUAGGAGAAGAGACAACCGUUCGGAUAAAAGUGUUGAUCAAUCAAACGAUGUGGAUAUUGGAGCAUUUCGCGUCAGACCUUCCGUGCUACUUGAUAAUCGACGAGUACACGAAAAUGAUCAAUUUACUUAUAUGGCGUUUCCCAUCAUUGAUCGAUCGUUUAACGGUACAGAGAAUAAUAGACAACCUGGAAAUGAUUUUAACACCACACCGCAAAGAAACAAGUCUUAACUGUGGGAUGGAGGUAUGCCUCGCAAACGCAACAAGCCUUCAUUUUAUAAUACUGAAUAAGUAUUGCGGAAUCGAUGAUAUUGAAAGACUCGUCUAUAAAACACUAUACCAUCACAAUUACGAAGUAGUAUUGGCAACGCUUGACUAUUUACUGGUUCUUUACGAAGAAUUGGACAUCGAUAAUAAACUCCAAGAACAUUUGGACUCCAUAGCGAGGGAUAAAAAAGCCUUAGAAUAUUUCAGAAAAGAUCCAAACUACACGAGAACUCUGUACAAUGUGCUAAAAGGCGCUAAAUAUUUGGAGUGCAGAUACAAAUGUCUAAAAUUACUUUCGCUAGAAGACAACACACAAGAAUAUGUAAUACGGGCCAAUUUAAUUGUUAACACUGAAAUGUCUGCAAAAAUGGGGGACGAAGUAAUCCUCACAGAGCUGACUCGACUAAUCGAAAGCGAACACGAGAAUUUGACCCAUAUUUACCUGUACAGUCUAUCGAGUUUCCUGACUAAAAGGCUAAUGGAUUCCAACAUUUGUGGGCGAUACGUUCUCGAGACCGUAAGGCUGGUAUUCGCCUGCAGUUCGCCUGACAACAGCGAUAAAACCAGAAGCGUGGUUGUAGGGUUCUUGGAAAAGAACUUCAAGACGCUAAUCGAACUGGAGUUGUGCGAUUUGAGCGAAGAAGAGAGAUUUGAGGUGAGGGCAACUUUAUGGGCGACCCUGGUAACGGUGUUGGAGGACGACGAGCAUAUUUUGCGCGGGAGGUGUUCUCGAGUAGUGACGCAACUAGUGGGAUGCGGCCCAGCGGUGGGCAGCCGCGCCGCCCAGCUGCUGAGGCGCCACGUGGCCAGCGGCAGGCACGGGCUGCCGCUGCUCUGCGCCCUGGCGCUGCUGGACUUCCGGUGCCAGGUGUGCCUGGCGGACGACGCGGACGAUGAGUGUCGAGUUUUCGACCAAAACGAGAAGUACAACGUAUUCCUAGAAGAGACCGUGUGGACGGUGGCUUGCGCUGAAGAGAUCAAAAGUUUAUGCGCCGGCGAAGACCUCUGCGGCCUGGUGCUGGCGCAACUAGAGGAGCCGACCUUCAAGCAGACCUUCGACCGCCUCUGCGGUAGAAACGUGGCGGAGUUCAAGGACCUCUUGGAAGGUUCCGGCAACGCGGUGACCUCCAAAGUCGAUUUGUUCGCGCGACACCUGAGUGGGCAGCGGAGCUCGAGCGAUUUUAACCUU